AUGUCUGUUGAGUGCCUGGCAUACCGGCAGAUCCUCAAACAACUGGGGCGGGUGUCGUUGCGGUACAAUGAGCUAAGCCAUGUGUGCUUCACCGUGUUUGGGGUCAUGCUGCGUAUGGAAGACUUUGCCGCUGCUGGAUACGGCAACACACCACAGCGGGUGGUGCGAUCGGCGUUUUUGCGUCCAAGCAUCACUGGGCUCGCCAGCGAUGCAUCGGCUGCACGCCUGUCAGCCGCGUUUGAUAUCCUGCGGCGCCUCAAUGAUGCUCUGAGGUCGGAUGCAAAGACGAGGACGCUUGUGGAAGAGCAGACUACCACGGCCUCGCCUCCGCGCUCCUCUGCUAGAGCGUUGGAGAAAGAAAAGACCACGGGUGUACAAUGCACAGGUGAGGCUGGAAAAAGCAAGACAAGCCUGCACGACGACGCCCAGGAGGGUGACGAGGAUGAUGUCAUUACUAUCGCCAAUGGAACCAUCUUUAUUGAGGGUUCUGUGGGCCGCAAGGUGCGAAAAAUAUCACGCCAUGUUGUGUUUUGUAUGGUUUUAGACCGCCUCCCUUUAUAUCGUUUUUUGAUACCACCUGAACCGUUAUACACGAGAAAUAUGCGUACAAGCUUUAAGUUUCCGCUUAUGGUGGACGCGUUGCUAGUUAUGGCCGCCUUGUCAAACGUGUCGGGCAAGGUUCCCAUAGUAAUACAAAACGAUGUGAAGACGGUGGAAGAGUACCGCGCUAUGCGGGCUUCAAUUCCCACACGCACCGUUACAGUGUCGGAUCACGUAGAAGUGGAGCUGCGGACAGAGUACGUUUGCUCCAGCAUUGCUGACGAAGAGGUUUCUGACGCCUCCAAUGAAGGAGAGAUACAUGCAUCCCUUCCACGGAGUAGCGGCGGAAGUGUUGCACCUGCAUCAAGGGAGUACGUUUUUCGAUAUGUUGUGUCUAUUCGAAACUAUGGACCCUCUAGAAAUGCAAAAAAAUGGCAUGUCCAGCUGCUCUCGCGUCACUGGGUUGUCUUUGAUGAGGACAUGGGGCAAGUCACUGAGGUGACUGGUCCUGGCGUGGCUGGCAACUUUCCCCUUUUGGCGCCUGGAGAGUCGCACACGUAUGAAAGCGGCGUCAGCUUGUGCGGCACCACCGGCGUGGUGCGUGGCACAUUUCAGAUGAAUGCCUACAACGAAGAUGGUGAGUCGUGUUACAUUGACGUGCACAUUGGACCGACUCGUCUCUGUGCAACAGGGGCCGUGUGA